AUGUUAAUUAAAGACUGGCUCUAUUUUAUUCUAAUUUCUGUAUCAUCUUGUUAUGGGCUGAAUAAUACAAACACAACUGGCUUAUUAUCUUUAAAUACUACGACUCAAUUGCCAACAACAGUAACGACAAUCAGAACUACUACGUCACUUACAAUCCCACUAGAAUCUACACGAACCACGGGUUUAGUUACUACGAACAGUAGCACGAUAGCUACGUCGCCGCUGCCAUCAGUUUCUGUUUCGACGACACGAUCUCCUUUAUCAAAACACACUGGUCGUCGAGUAUUUUUUAUCUUAGUUGGUUGUGUAAUCACUGUCAGUCUAAUUAUAUCAAUGUUUUAUACGUACACUGUUGUUCUCAAUCGUCGUGGAGGAGGAGAUCAUACUCGCGUAUUUUCGUGUUUUCGUCGUAAAUUUCGUUUAUUUCAUAUAUCUCCGAAUCGAGGUGAAAAUGAAUCGCGUUUACAUUUGCCGGAAAAUCAAGAUGAAGCUCUACUAUAUGAUGAUCCAUAUAAUAACGUACCGUAUGCUGAUCAUAAUUCAAAUCCAUAUAAAUCACUUACAUUAGCUGUUACAUAA